AGAACCAGGAUAGCAUCUGUUCUCUGCUUUCCUCCUAUAGCCGAGGUCUACAUCGGCAUUGGAAAGCCUGCAGAAGCCACAGCCUGUACCCAAGAAGCUGCUAACCUCUUCCCAAUGUCCCACAAUGUCCUGUACAUGCGGGGCCAGGUUGCUGAGCUCCGAGGGAACUUCGAUGAAGCCCGGCGGUGGUAUGAAGAAGCCUUAUCCAUCAGCCCCACCCACGUGAAGAGUAUGCAGCGCCUGGCCCUGAUCCUCCACCAGCUAGGUCGAUACAGUCUGGCAGAGAAAAUUCUCCGGGAUGCGGUACAGGUGAACUCGACAGCCCACGAGGUCUGGAACGGGCUGGGCGAGGUCCUCCAGGCUCAGGGCAACGACGCUGCAGCCACCGAGUGCUUUCUGACAGCUUUGGAGCUGGAGGCCAGCAGCCCUGCUGUCCCCUUCACCAUCAUCCCUCGUGUUCUCUAGAGUGGGCUGUCCACUUCACCUGCCUCGCAGGCCAAGGAUGCCCUUCAUGGGUCGCCAGGGACCAGUCUGAUGCCCACGGGAUGAGUCUGCCGCACUGAGGCCCUGGAUGGAUGUUCAACUGACCACAGUGAACUAACCAAGCCAACCUUGAGUCAUUGCUCUCUCCCCAUGCAUUUAUUUCUCUUGUUGGUUUUGCCAGCCCAAUGAUAGUUUCUAAAUCUACUGACGUUGUUCAAAAUGGAUUAUGUGCCAUAUUUGGUUAGUUGACAUCUGAGUUUCAGGUAAAAUGAUUAUGGAAUUAAUCAGCAAAUGUAGAAGGAUACAUUCGAAGUUAAAAUUCAGUGGCAGAGCAGAUUAUUUUUAUCAGAGCUAUAAAGAAAGCAACUGUCCUGUCCUCUGUCCCUGCCACCACACCUGUCCCACCUUGGCCCAAAAACCAAAUGUGAAUUUUCUUGUUUCCCACCUCAGUACUAGUCCAUGCCAGGACACCAGCUGACAACUUCUUGGUUCUAUUGUCACUAAUUGUCCAUGUGAUGAAUUACUGUUCUCGUCACUUAGAACAAAGCCCGAGUCCAAGAAUAUUUAUAUUUUACCAAUAGACGCCUGUUACAAGAGAAGGAAAUAUGAGUUAUUUAAGUUUAACUUUUUUAUGUGAAUUCAGAGUUUAUUUAUCGAUGGAAAUAUGUACAAAGAAGCUUCAAAUGGAAUAUUUACCGGCAUUCCUUAUACAUGACAAAUACUUGGCUAAAUGGGAAGAUGAUGUUAAUAAAAAAAUGAUUUUUAAAUGGACCCCUGACUCUUGUCUUU